UAAAUCCAAUUCUGAGUCUAUACUCUCGAGGAUAAUCCGAUUCUUCCCUGUGCACUAGCUCUGCACGCCAACCACGUUUUUACCAUUUUGUAAUCCUUACCAUCUGUUUCACCUAACGUUUCAUCCCUUCAUUUUCACCCUCACAAGUGGCGGAAGGACGAAUAUACCCCUUUCUUUGUUACCCCAACUGUACUCGUGUACUAUUCCAAGUUCGCCACAAAUUAGUAAUCACCCAUUGCUAUUAUAUUCCAAAAAAAGUGGUUUAAAUUCAGCAAAAUAGAAAGUCCAAAACAGGGCUCUAGAUAUCACCAGCCAUGAUCAGAGGACCGGCGCUACUCUUUCUUCUCGUUAUCACCGUCGCGUCCAUCACUUACGGUGCUCAAGCAUCAAGAUCCAUUGUGUUUUUGCCCCAGCCUUUAUCAUCCCUCGACAUAAUCAACACCACUUCGAACCAGAAUGCCCGCUGUUCAUUUACGGUGAGCAUAAGGACAAGCUGCUCUUCUCCUGCACUCACCAGAGACCAAAUUAGUCUAUCCUUUGGUGAUGCUUAUGGAAAUCAGGUUUAUGCGCCGAGACUAGAUGAUCCGUCAAGCAGGGCUUUUGAGCGGUGUUCAAAGGAUACAUACACGGUAUACGGUCCAUGUACGUAUCAGAUCUGUUAUGUGUACCUGUACAGGAGUGGAUACGAUGGGUGGAUACCGUAUGAUGUUACUAUCUACGGCUACCACACCAAAGCUGUCACCUUCACCUACAAUGUUGGCAUCCCUAGUGACACUUGGUACGGUCAUAAUUACUGUCGUUCUCGCGCUGUAAAAUCUGCACAGAACUUGGGCUGGAGCUUGCUUUCUAUUGGUUCCACUAUGCUGUACACAAUAGCUGGCCUGCUUCGUGGUUAGUUUUGGGCCUUCCUCUUUCUAUCUAAUUUGGGCCUGUCCACUUUGGAACACUUCGCUUGCCUGAUUUAUGUCUUGUAAUAAACAAAUGCUACUUAGGUAUGGUUACUUUGCUCUAUGACGUUGUAGAAAGCAAGACAGCUUUUGGAUAUUCGAUAUGAGUAUAGGUUUAGCAAGAUAUGCUAUCCUUUUAGAAGCAUUAACUUGA